CCACGUGACCCAUUUUCAUUUCUCACAACUCACAACAAUCUGUCAUCUCUCAACAGAAUCUUACACAAAACGCCACCAAAAAAAAAUAAAAAAUUCAGUAACACUUUAGUUCAAGUAACUCGCACAACAAAGUUGAGUGUUAAAGUCUCUCUCUUUCUUCUCAAUUUUGAUUUUUGAAUGCAUGGUUCACUGCAGAGGUUCCUCUUCUUUUGAUUUGAUAUUCCUCUUUUGCAUUCUCUGCUUCUGAGAGACAAAUCUUUGGUAUUGAUUGGUUGUUCAGCAGAGAUGGUAAUAGAAACAGUUGAAUUGCUGAAAGGCUUUGCAUCCCAUGAAGAGAUUAUGGAGAUUCUUGCCACAGUGGCUGCAGAUUUGGGGGAUGUCAUCGAUGUGAGUUUCUUGCAGGUCAAACCUUUGAAGGGAGCGAUGACUAAUGAGGUUUUCGAGAUAAACUGGCCAGCCAAAAGUGAUGGCCAUCUCAGAAGGGUUCUAGUCCGAUUAUACGGCGAAGGUGUUGAGGUUUUCUUCAACAGGGAGGAUGAAAUCCAAACUUUUGAGAGCAUGUCAAAGCACGGUCAGGGUCCACGCCUUCUUGGCCGGUUCGCCACCGGUCGAGUUGAGGAGUUCAUUCAUGCCAGAACACUUUCGGCUUCGGACCUUUAUGACCCUGAAAUAUCCGCUUUGAUAGCGACUAAGAUGAGGGAGUUUCACAAUCUUGAUAUGCCUGGUGAAAAGAAGGCUCAGUUAUGGCCGAGACUGAGGAAGUGGCUUAAUCAUGCCAAAAGUUUGUGCUCCCCUAAGGAUACCAAGAAUUUUGGGCUGGAAGUUCUGGAUACUGAAAUAAAUAUGCUGCAAGAGUUGUUAUCUGAAGGAAGUGAAGGGAUUGGAUUUUGUCACAAUGACCUACAAUAUGGUAACAUAAUGAUAGAUGAAGAAACAAGAUCAAUCACUUUAAUAGACUAUGAAUACGCCAGUUACAACCCUAUUGCAUAUGACAUUGCAAAUCAUUUCUGCGAAAUGGUAGCAGAUUACCAUAGCGACAAACCCCAUGUUCUUGACUACAGACAAUAUCCUAGUCUUGAAGUGCGACAAAGAUUUAUCCGUGCUUAUUUGAGUUCUGAAGGCAAGAAACCAACCAAAACUGAGGUGGGCCAAUUAGUGAAUGUUGCAGAAAGAUACACACUUGCAAAUCAUCUAUUCUGGGGCUUGUGGGGACUUAUUUCAAGUCAUGUGAAUACAAUAGACUUUGACUACAAGGAGUAUGCAAGGCAAAGAUUUAAGCAAUAUUGGUUGAAGAAGCCUAUUCUUUUGAACUCACCAAGCAUUAUUUCCCAAGAUGGAGUUCCCAAUGGUUCUGUAGCACCCUUCACAAUUUGACAUGAUUGCUUCAUAUGUUUAUCAGUGAGGUUCAACUUAGUAUGUACCAUUCAUUAGUAGCAUCCAAAGGUAUCACAGGCAGCAUAAAAUAUAUGUAGAUAACAUAGGUAAGCCAUUACAUAUUGGUGACUUUACUUAUAUCUAGAACUAUUAUUGAUCUUUUAUUUUGUUUUGUAUUAUUCUCAACUCUAGUCAUAAUAAAUUCUUAUCCUUAUCAAUGUU